AUGGCAAUAUCAACUCCUCAUCCGCUGGAUCCUUUGGCUCCUCAGGAGAUAUCUGAAACGGCGAAACAUGUCCGUGAAGCAUUCCCUGACAGCGAGGCAUACUUCCGGGUCAUCACCCUUGCAGAACCGCCAAAGGAGGAAAUGACGGUGUUCCUAGACGCCGAACACAAGGGACAACCGGCAGGCAAGAGGCCCGCUCGGCUGGCGACCGUCCAGGUGUUUUUUGGCGCAAAGCGAGACAGCGAGCACUUCUACGAGCUCAAGGUCAACGUGGACUCUGGGGAGAUCGUCCACAAGGAGCAACUUGUCGGUCGACACCCGCAUGUGGACGGCAAUGAUAUGGUCAAGACCGAAGCGGCAUGCCUCAAUGACCCGCGAGUGCAAGCUGCGAUCAAGGACAUGCAGCUCCCUGACGGUGCUGUCGUCAAGAUCGAGCCCUGGACGUACGCAACGGACGGGAUGAACGACAUGAGCCAGAAGAUCACAAUGUGCUACUUCUACAUGCGCCUCCUGGACCACCCAGAUGCAAACCACUACGCCUACCCCUUGGACCUGUGCGUCGAGAUGUCCGGCGCCGUCGAGGUGCUCAAGAUCUACUACCUCCCGGCCUCGACGUUGGGUGGGACGACCACAAAGGCCACUCCCUACGACCGGUCCAAGAUCUUCGGUGCCGACAUCGAAUACCAUCCCGACGUCGCGCCGCCGCGCCGCACCACGACAAAGCCUUACCACGUCUCGCAACCAGACGGGCCCUCCUUCACCACCCGUGGCAAUCUGAUUCGGUGGGAGAAAUGGCACAUCCGCGUGGGGUUCAACUACCGCGAGGGUCUGACGCUGCACGACGUGCGUUACGACGGCCACUCGCUCUUCUACCGGCUCAGCCUGUCCGAGAUGUUCGUGCCGUACGGGGACCCGCGCACGCCGUACGCACGGAAGGCGGCGUUCGACCUGGGCAACGACGGCGCGGGCUGUAACGCCAAUAACCUGCAGCUCGGCUGCGACUGUUUAGGGCAUAUCAAAUACUUUGACGGCUGGCACGUCACGUCCGGCGGCGACGCGAUCAAGAUCCCCAACGCCGUGUGCUGCCACGAGAUCGACGACGGCAUCCUGUGGAAACACACCAACUUCCGCACGGGCCACGCCGUCGUCGUCCGCAGCCGCGUGCUCGUCCUGCAGACCAUCAUCACCGUCAGCAACUACGAGUACAUCUUCGCCUUCUACUUUGGCAUGGACGCCAGCCUGCAGUACGAGGUGCGCGCCACGGGCAUCGUGUCGACCGUGCCCAUCCCCGUGGGCGAGUCCGUGCCCUUUGGGACCACCGUCGCCCCCGGGGUAAUGGCGCCGUAUCACCAGCAUCUGUUCUGCCUGCGGAUCGACCCCGCGGUGGCCGGGUGGCGAAAUUCACUCGUCGUGGAAGAAAGUCACCCCUUACCAGUCGUCGACGACGACGACGACGACGACGACGACGACGACGACGACGCGCAGGGCGGCCACACGACCAUUCCGAAUCCAUUCCGCAUAGGAUACACGACGCGACACAAGAUCAUCGAUCAAGAAUGCGGCCUCGACCUCGACCACACCGUCAACAGGGUGUUCAAGAUCGUCAACGAAGAAGUGCUCAACCCGAUCACCGGGACCCCGGUCGGCUACAAGCUGAGCCCCUAUUACAGCCAGCUUCUCCUGGCCGACGCGUCCUCGUACCACGCGAAGAGGUCGGAAUUCGCCGCCCACGCCGUCUGGCUCACGCGGUACCACGACGACGAACUCUUCGCAAGCGGCAACCAUACGAUGCAAUCGCUGGGUGGGGAGGGGAUCGCCAGCUGGAUCGACAGGCGCAGGAAUAGCUCCUCGUCCUCGUCAAACGUCAGGAACGAGGACAUCGUCGUCUGGCAUACUUUCGGGUCGACGCACAACCCGCGCGUCGAGGACUGGCCCGUCAUGCCGUGCGAGAAGAUGGCCGUGGGGCUCAAGCCCGUCAAUUUCUUCACGCGCAACCCGGCCAUGGAUGUGGUGCCCAGUACGCAGGAGGCGAAUCGGAGUGUCUUGGUCGACGGGGAGGCGACUUGCCACGGCGGUGGUGAUGGCCAAGUCAUGGAGAAUGGGGUGGUCGUGGUGGCGGCGGCGGCCGACGUGAGGAACGGGCAUUGA